CUUCGUCAUCUGAACGUCUCAUUCAAUUGGCUGACCGGUCUACCAGCCGUGAAUGGCCACAACGAUCGUAAUCGGAUAAAUACUCUACGUCUCAGUAACAAUCGAUUGGAUGAAUCAAUCGUGCCGAUACUGAUGAAGAUGAAAAGGCUGAAAAUACUCGAUCUUUCGCACAACAAAUUGAGAUACUUCGAUGACAGGUUGAUGAUCGACAUGUCGAACAAUGCUCUUGGAGCUCAGACCACCACUAUUGCUACCGGACCAGCACUAAAUCAGCUAGAUCUCACUUGUAAUUCAGCGCUCAAUCUGACGACCGGAACGUUGAGACGAUCUCACAAGAAACCGGUGGCAUUGUUCGAUAUCGGCGCUCAACCACAAGAUCGGGUACAAGUGGGAUUUUCGGAGACGUCCGGAAAUCGCAACAAAUUAUGCAUUCGUCGAAUUCAGUACGGUGACAUUUUUGGCAUGGUGGAUGGUUCAUCCAACUAUGAGCUCCCGAAGACUAUUCAAAACAUCAUAAAACGAAUUCUUGUCAAUACGGAGCAUCAGAACAAUCUUCCAGCCAUUCUUCUGAAGGCGCACGAGUCCCUGGAAGAAGCCGGAGAACGACUAGGAGCCAAAAUUCUUGCUAAUUCCGAUGUCGAUGAAAUCAGGCGAUUUGAACUAAUAAUUUCCGGUUGCCUGCUUGUUCAUCUGGGAUCUAGCCAUCUAAAACUCUCCUAUGUGGGAAAUAUUACGGCUGCAGUGAUGUCCAGUGGACAUUUGGAAAAACUCACGGAAUCCGGUGAACUUGACGAGGAAGAAUACGAUCGAAUUCGAUCCGCUGGUGGGACGGUUGACGAGAACAAUAUUAUCAAUGGCGUCACACCGAACUGUCGUCAGCUGGGUUUCUACAGUCUUCAUCCCAUCAUCACUCCUAGACCGAUCAAUAAAUCGAUACCAAUCACCCGUGAUACGGACUAUGUGAUUAUUGCCAGUUGGGCGAUUUGGGAACGUUUGAGUACUGGUCAGAUCGCGUCCAUACUUACAAGUUCUGUCAAUCCACAAGUGGCCGCGAAAACUAUCCAGGACUCACUGCAAGCCUGCGAUUAUAAUGGUAAUUCAUGCGUUGUCGUUAUCCGAUUGUUAAAACCGGAGUUGGCUUUUCGAAGUGCCCCACCUGCUCCACCAGUGGCCUUCACUCCUAUGGCGAUACCACCGAUGAGGGUUGAAAAAGCCAAGGAUCAGGAGACGACUCUACAAAAGAUUGAGCAG